ACUUUCGAAAGGGAUGGAUCCAGGAUUAGCAGGUUUUGCCCUCAUUUACGCCUUAAAUUUCACAGGGCAUGUGAUUUGGGUGCUUCGAAUGUAUGCCGUGCAAGAGAUGAAUAUGAAUUCCGUCGAAAGGGUUCAGGAAUAUUUAGCAUUAGAAGAGGAACCUCCCAGAAUCAUUGAUAGCAAUCGACCACCACCUAAUUGGCCAUCCAAAGGAGAUAUUCUGGUGGACAAUCUCGUGAUGCAGUAUGCGCCGGAAGGUCCACCAGUACUGAAAGGUAUUUCAUUCCAUGUUCAUCCUUCAGAGAAGAUUGGGAUCGUUGGAAGAACAGGAUCAGGGAAAUCUACACUGGCCAUGUCAUUCUUUAGGCUCAUGGAAGCGACAUCUGGUCGCACUAUCAUUGAUGAUAUAGACAUUUCGACUCUUGGUCUCUUCGACUUGCGAGGUCGACUCACUAUUAUACCUCAAGACCCCGUACUCUUCAGUGGAACUCUAAGGAGUAACUUGGAUUCUUUUGGGGAGUACGAUGAUGCCGAAUUAUGGAAUGCACUUCGAAGAGCUCACCUAAUUGAUGAUCCUUCGGCUCAGGAAAAUGAUUCUGAUGAUUCCACGCUAAGCGAACAAUCACAAAAUCAGAUCACAUUGAAUCUAGAUUCCCCGGUUAGCGAAAAUGGACAUAACUUUUCUCAGGGUCAAAGACAGCUUAUCGCACUUGCGAGAGCGUUG